GGGCGGCGGCGCAGUGCGCGCAGCGGCAUCGCGCAGGGCUGCGCCAUCGCGCAGGGCUGCGCCCGCGGACCGGGUGCCGGCAUGGCGCUGGACUUCCUGGCGGGAUGUGUCGGCGGUGCUGCUGGAGUGCUGGUAGGACACCCAUUUGAUACUGUUAAGGUGGGUUGAUUAUGAAAUACUCUUGUCUCCAGGUGGAAAACUUAGCUUUUUCCAAGGAGCCGGGGAGGAAAAAAGAUCCCCAGACCCUAUAGAAGGAUAAAUCUGUCCUGGAAAGCUUGGAGCAAGGCUCCUCAACCACUGUUCAUGACUUUGCAGUCUCCAGCUAUUCAGAAACAAAAAUUCUUUGUAUGCAUGAUUCAACCCAGUAACAUGACACAUGUUGCCCUAAACUACAGGUUUAUCAGCGCAGUAACAAUGUUGUGUUUGAAAAUCCCAUCUUCCAUUUAAUUUUGUUCAAAGCUUGCUUCUCUGCAGCUGUUCAUCAUCAGCUACCAAAACCGCCUCUCUUCAUGUUUAAAACUCAAACCUACUUGUUACUAGGUUGAAAACUUGUUCUGUUUUCCCCUCGAGCUCUGCUGCUUACUGCUUGAGCUUUAAUUUAUCACACUAGCCAAAGGAUGCAAAUGGAUAAAAAUCCAUGGCAUGAAGCUUGUCUGGGGGCCUCUUCCUCCCUUUAAGUAUUAUUAUAUCUUUUUAUAACUUUCAAAGUUAAAAUUGAUUUUCUGAUGGUAUUAUGCAAACUAAGGGUAGCUACCUCAACGAUGAGAUUUGACAUCUGCUGGAGGGCCCUUCAGCCAGGACUCCCAGGGGUCUAAACCCAUUUUUCAGAAUGGGAUGACAACUUAAGUCACUUCUUGGCAGCCUUAGCCAAAGUCUUGCACUGGAAGAAUAGAAGAAGGGAUGCCAAUAUAUCCCUGCUAAAUUAAUACACCAGAUCAUUUGACUGCAGCAGACAGCAUGCCACCCGCUAGAUCUAUAUUUGGAAUACCUCUACCUUUCUGAAUUUAGAUAUGCAAAGGGCUUAUAGUGUUACCGAGGUCAUCACCAUAUUCUGUAUUCUAGCACAUGGUUAACUCUGUACAGAUUUUCCUAGCUAGCGGAUAUUAGUCUUUGCCAGUCAAGUGCAAGCUGCUCAAAUAAGUCAAACUGUAUGUAUGUUUCUCAGAGCAUGGUAAAUUUGACUGUUGAGUAAUUGGAUUGAAUUCUAGUAUAUAUUUUCAGGAAUGUAUUAUCCAGACUUGCAUAUGGGUUUUUUUUAUGGUGGUACAGGGCCAGCUGUCUUUCUCUCAUCCCCACACUGCCAAGUUUUACAUGCUUAACUUAAGGUGAUGGGUCAUUUCACUGAAGCCAGCAAAACUGCUAAAAUGCUAUGCUCAGACUAAAGUGAACCAUGUGUGGCAUUUUUCUGGUUUUUUUAAAGUGGCAGAGCUUCUAGUGCAUAAAACUAAAUGUUUCUGUGUCUGCAAAACUGGGGCUCCCAUGCUAGUUCCAGCAGAUGUGUUAACACAAAAUAGAUGUGUUUGCUUUAGAAAAAGCAUCUUGCUUUGCAGUAGAGCAAAUUGUUUCUGGAUGACUUUAAAUGUUUUAUGAAAUCCAGUGUGGCAUGCUAUAUUUGCAUAUCCAUUAGAAGGUAUUAUAAGUACUUACCUAUUUUUUUGUUACAGAAAAAGCUAAUGUUUGUGUUAUUAGCUGGCAUAGUCACCAUGGGGAAACAAACACUAUAACUAGUCUUUAAAAAAAAAAAAGACAUUGCCUAACUUGUUGUGUAUGUAUAUGUGUUAAGAAUCAGUCCUUUUUAUAGUUCUGCGGUGUUUAAAGAGCUAGCUGGUAGUCACCUUAGACUGUAAGUUUUUAAUAUAACUGAACAAUGGGAAAGCUGCUUAGAUAAGCCAGAAUUUUACUUCUGUCAUGGCUUUUAAGCUCUUUUUUUUUGGCCAGUGAUUGUGUUUCACAAAGCCGGGAGGGGGAUGGUGGGACACACAGGGAGAGAUUAAGCUGGUGAAGUCGCCCUGCGAAACCUACAACUGAGCUGAUCUCAGAACUGGCAAACUCCUUAUCCCUGGUUUGUUGAUGUAAUGUAUAAAAUUGCUUUUUUGCUUUUAACUGCCUUUACUUUCUGAGCUAGGGGCUGUCUUCAUUAACAGCAAAAGUGUUACUUUGUUGUAGAUGACAGAUAAGCCUCAUCACGGGAGAGUUGCCUAGUUCGUCUACAAGUUCAAAAUGUAGAGAAACCUCUCUACCGUGGGACCUUCCAUUGCUUUCAGUCCAUCAUAAAGCAAGAAUCUGCUUUUGGACUCUAUAAAGGUAUUGGGUCACCAAUGAUGGGACUUACCUUCAUUAAUGCACUUGUGUUCGGUGUACAAGGAAACACACUUCGUGCUCUUGGAAAAGACACUCCUCUAAACCAGUUCCUUGCAGGGUCAGCAGCAGGGGCUAUCCAGUGCGUCAUCUGCUGUCCCAUGGAGUUGGCAAAGACAAGAAUGCAGCUUCAAGGAACAGGGGAAUACAAACUAAAAAUGAAAAACUAUAAAAAUUCUCUGGAUUGUUUGAUCAAAAUCUAUCAGAAGGAAGGGCUGAGGGGCAUCAACAGGGGUAUGGUCUCUACACUCAUAAGAGAGACUCCAAGCUUUGGCUUUUACUUCCUGACCUAUGACUGCAUGACCAGGUAUUUAGGCUGUGAAGCUGAGGACAAUUACGUUAUUCCCAAACUGCUGUUUUCCGGAGGGAUGUCGGGAAUUGUGUCCUGGCUCUCAACCUAUCCCAUGGACGUGAUCAAAUCCCGACUUCAGGCUGAUGGAGUCGGAGGCGUUACACAGUACAACGGCAUUUUAGACUGUGUCAAGAAGAGUUACCAUGAAGAAGGCUGGAGGGUGUUCACAAGAGGUCUUACUUCCACACUUCUCCGUGCUUUCCCUGUCAACGCAGCUACCUUUGCUACUGUCACCGUGUUCCUAAUGUAUAUGAGGUCAGAAGACAACCUUCGUGAAUGUGAACCAGUAAUCCAGCAGCCUUCCAGUUUGUGAACCUUCUCUGUUUGUUCUCCUGAUCCAAAGCCUGGCUGGUUGGGUUUUUUUAAACUUAAACACUUGACCCGCACAAGUGGCGUAAACAUAUGCUAUCCAUAUAAAGAAUUCCUAAAUGUUUCAGACUAGGAUUUCAUCUCAUUACUUGUAUAAGCAGCAUAUUGCCUUAUUAAGGACUUUAUAUCUAAUAGUAUCGAAGUUAAGAUGGGGACCUGCCUUUAGAGAGUAUUUUAUAGUUACUGUUGUGGCUCCAGAAGAGGUUCUGGAGAAUGUCCUAGUACCAGAAAUCAGGUUUUCUUCCACUCGUGUUCUGGAUGACUGAGUUAGGUUGAAUGCAGGAAUGUUGUCAGGAAAGAAGUGCUCUUUUUGCAUGUAACGGGAGUAAGUAUAGUCCUCUAAAGUGAAGUGGGCGGAGGAAAUUAAAUGUUGGAGGCAUUUUGCAGGUAACCCUGAACUCUUUAAGACAGACUAGUAUUCAGCUAGCCAUGUGUUUUGCUUUUCCUCUGCUUUUAUACAUCAGUGGGUUUAGUAGCAACUUUGUUCAUACCGGUUUGCUAAAAAAAAAUAAAAAAAAAAAGUAAAAAAAAAAAAAUAGUAUGAUUUGUUCCUAAGCUACUCCCUUACCUGUCAGCUUUGAAUAAGUAUCUUAAGCACAAAGUUAGCAUCUGCACUUGUUCCUUUAAAUCUAAAGGCUUGUAAGGAUUUAGGGAAACUCAAAUCUAGUAAGGUUGAUGUUGUUUGCCUUCACCUCUGUUUCUUGUUCGGUGGGUGCAAGGACUGCAUUGACUAGAUUCAGCCCAAGUGGACUUUGUUCUCUGAAGUUAACGCAACUUUGCACCAUUUCUCCCAAUGCGCCCCAUAGCAGCCAGUGAUGUACAGAAGUCAAAGUCCUACCUGUGGUAUUGCACAAAAUGUUUGUGGGUGCAACGUUAGCUUAGCAGCUUGAAGUACUGUAGAAAUACAUACAUGUUUAGAACUGGAGGUUUCAUACCUUUCCAGAAAAUAGGGGUGUAAGUGUCUGAAAUGGUUGGUGUUUAAUACACUGGCAUUGUGAAUUUAAACAAUAUUGUUUUUUAUGUAUUUAGUUACAGUGCUACUGGAAAGAAGACUGAAAAGGGUUCUGCAGAAUUUUCUUGUUAUGUUAAUCUGCUGUGAUAUUUUUUCUUUUAUUAGCAGCCUGUUCAAGAGGGAUUGCAUUAGUCAAACAGUUAAAGAUCUGGAGUAAGAACUACACAUAUUUGGCACAAGUAGCUAGAAGGAAGGAGUGCAUGUGUAUAAGGAAUGUUCUAAAAUGUAUCAAACUAGUUCAGUAAGUACAACUUGUUACACUUUUGGUUGGGACAAGUGCAAUAUGUGUUUAACUUAUAUGAAUUUUCUAAAGAAACCUUACUUCAUAGCAUUUUGCACUGUAACGAAAUAUGCUGGAGAAACCUGUAAAACUGGUAUGUCUUUUUAUACCUUGGAGGUAUGUUGGAUGUUUUAGUGCCUACUUGCACUGAGAUUCAAAUUGAAUGUUAAAUCUGUCUACUAAGCUGCAUAUGCACAACUCCUCACAGCAAAGACCAUUUACACCUUUGUAUAGUACUCUGUAAUUAUUGUAUAUAAAAUUGAGGGAAUAAAUUUUUAAAAAACUUUGA